AUUAAUGGAUAGAGCAACGUAUCGCACAUAACAUCAAUUCUGUCCUGCUUUUUCUUUCAUUCCCAGUCUCGCUCCCUCAUCACUCUCCAACUCCCCCCCCCCCCUCCUCUUUUCACUGGUCCCUGGCUGGUCCCUCUCCUCCAAAAGGCAUCUCGGAUGCUGCUCGAGCGCGGUCGCAGAUCGCUAUCGCCGUGACGGCAGCUUCCCCGUCAAACUGCGUCGUCAGUAGGAGGUGUGAGGGGGGGGGCAAACUGGAGUGGACGGCGGUGUUCCGCAGAGGCGGCUGGAGAAGAGGUGGAGGAUCAGAAGGGGGAGCCGGGCAGAUGGACGGCGCUCGGGAGGCGGGAUACUGCGUGGUUGACCUGAAGGAGCUGAGCGGCUGCCCCGGAGACGAGCUGCCUCAUGUGACCGGUGUUUCUUGCUCUCCCAAGAUGCCUCAGGUGGAGUUUAGUCUUGCGUGCAACGACCUGGUGACUUCAGGUCGAGACGGGACGCCCAACGCGGUGGUCCACGUGGCUGUGGUGGACCCUCAUAAGGAUCGCCUGGUCUCCCACGCCUGCACCGAGGUAGUUGAGGCAAACAAGGACCCGUGCUUUUUAACCGGGGUGACCUUCCCCUCGGACUGUCCCGCCACCCCAGAAACGUUCGUCAAGCUGACAGUGUAUGAUGUAAAAGACAAGUGCCAGGAAGCCGGCCGUUUCCUUGGCAGUGCCACGUUUUCGGUGGGCGAUCUGCUUCGGGCCAAAGAUGAACGGCUGUCCUUGAGUCUCGGGUCGUCAGAUGGUGGCUACGCAGCCGGAACAGUGGUGGUGAGUCGACUGAAGAUGGGUGAGAUGGAAGAAGCGGAGCACAUCACCACUGACGCACCAUCACAGAAGUGUCCCUUAGUGUGCGAGUCUGCGUCUCAUAGCUGCGUCGAGAGAGACCACCUCUUGACAGGACCAGUGUUCACCAACCCGGUAUGCAAAGUGUACAGGUUCCAGACGGCGGACAGCAAGUGGAUGCUGGUGCGCGAGCAAAUGGAGGAGUGCACCUUGUCCUUCAGCAUCCCCAAGCAGCUGCUGGCGCUCUACAUGCAAGAGGACAUGAGCCGGGUGCAAGAUCUGAAGGAGCUGGGGGAACUUUCACCACAUUGGGACAACUUACGGAAGGAGGUGAUCACGCGAUACAGCGGCAUCAUCAGCUCCUACCAGGAGACACUGGCUGAAAUGGAAAAGAUGAGCGGUCCGUCCUUCAAGCAGAGUUGCUGCAAAGCGCAGAAAUCCCUGGAGUUCCUCCCAAUCAACCUGCACACUCAGAGGAUGAGGGUGACGUGCCCCAGAAAGACAGACGCGACGUACGACAUCGUGACGGCAGGCGCCCCAGCCGCACACUACCAAGGCUUCAAGGGCGGCGGUCUGCAUCGUCUUCUCAGCAGAUACGAAGCCGAGAAGAAAAGCUUCAGUACGGCCUACCAGUGUAUCUACUACUCCCCCGAGCACACGGCCAAAGCUCAGGAGGUUCUGAGCAGCGUCAGCCUCCUGCAGCCGCUCAUCGGCACCUUAGCCGAUCAACUACUACACGCCGCUCGCGAGCAUUCCUCUCCUGGCCUGAGGGAGGCGCUCAAGAACCUCGCAGACAAGACGGAGCAAUUUGUCCACACGCUCAAGGAUGAAUUGGUCAAGUGCGCCCUGUUGGCACUGCACGCCGCCCAGCCGGCCUACGUGUCCAAGAACCAGAAGGGCGGCGAGCGAGACUCGAGUCCCGUCCGGACGGCGUCGCCAUUGGCCCCUGCCGCCGACGAGGCCACGUCGUGCAACAACGUGAGCCCGAGGCGAGGCGAAGACUCCAUCCCGCACCACAAAGAGUUCGACGAAGAGGAAUGGGACAGAGUUUGGGCCAGCGUGGCCAAGCGUCUCAACUGUGUCAUCGCCAUGGUGGACCAGUUGGCCGACCAGGACGACCGCAACAAGCAGGAGCGUGGCGGUGGCGAGCAGCAACAACUCGCUGAUGUCAUCACCUCACACAACCCUGGUGACUGGCGGGAGCAACUGUGCCCCCUGGUGACAAGAUUGAAGGAGUGCGUGACACAGGUGGUGGACAAGGCCAGGAGAGCCCACGUCACCUUUGUGCUAUUGCAGGAGGCCGCCUGCAGCAUCCCGCAAGGAUUCUUACUGCAGCAGAGGAGAGACGUCGUCUUCAGUCAGGCUCUGGCAGUGUUGGCGUGCGGUUUCGUCAUGCGCGUCUACGCCGGAAUGCAGGACAAAGGCUUUUUGAAGCAGCUCCACCUGGUCGGCCUGGUGGCCCAGUUUGAAAGCCUGCUCAGCACCUACAGCGAAGAGAUCGGCAUGCUGGAGGAUAUGGAGGUGGGCGUGGCCGACCUCCAGAGGGUCGUGUUCAAGGUGACCCAGGCCAGGACGGACCACCUCAGUGACCUUCAGCCCGUGGUGCGAGGCAGGCGGGACCACUUCACCGUGGAGGUCCCACUGCCAGGCCCCGCCUUCCAGAACAUGCCUGAGGAAAUUAAGGAGGGCCAACCCCUGCGUGUGUUUCCGGUGCUUUUUAACGUGGGCAUCAACGAGCAGCAAACCAUCGCCGAGAGGUUUGGAGACAUUUCCCUUCAGGAGAGGAUCAACCAGAAGAACUUUGAAACGCUGGAGUGUUAUUGCAAAACGCUGAGUGAAAAGGUGCCACGUGAAUGUCUACCAUGUUUCCAAAGUCAGACUGACAUCAAGGAACUACUUGAAAGUCUGGGCCAGAAUGUAGUCGCGAAGCGGAGGAAGAAUGUGGAGAUUCUGUGGAGCGCUGCGGCGAUUUGCCGGCGUCUGAACGGCAUCAGGUUCACCAGCUGCAAAAGUGCCAAAGACCGAACGUCAAUGUCCGUCACGCUGGAGCAGUGCGCCCUGCUGCGUGACGAACACCAGCUCAGCAAGGACUUCUUCGUCCGCGCUCUUGACUGCAUGCGGAGAGAAGGCUGCCGCAUGGAGAACGUGGAGAAGAACAUCGGCUGCAGGAAGUACGCCUUCAACAUGUUGCAACUGAUGGUCUUCCCAAAGUCUUACAGGCCGCCCGAGGGCUCGUACGGAAAAGUGGACACUUGAUCGCAUCGUCCCACGAGCAGCUUAAUGUGUCAUACGUGUCAUUUCUUAAAACUGUCCAAGAAAUAUUUAUUUUUUCUACAAUAGUACUGACGUACAAAUGAUGUAAUUUGUUGCAUUUAACAAAUAAAAUCUUUAAAUGUUCCCA